AUUGUUCAGUACAGAGUCACAGUACAGAGAGUAAAGACGAGAGAGAGAGAGGGAGAGAGCAAAGCAAAGCAAAGGAAAACAAAGCAAAAGAAAAAAGAAUAAGCAGCAGCAGCAGCUUUCGAUAGAUCACAGAGGCAUCUGUCUUUCCAUUAUUCUCAAGCUCUCUAUACUCACUGACGGACGGAAAGGGAAUGAUAGAUUUGUGGUCUUAAAAGAAGCACAUUUGUCAGGGGUUUCUGCUCCUGUUUAUCCAGCUGCUAUGGGAAGAAAAUCACCUGCAAAAUGGAUCAAGACUGUUUUGUUUGGAAAGAAGUCUUCCAAAUCUUUCACUGUGAAAGGAAGGGAGAGACCCGCGAAUGAGAAAGAGACAUUGGUUGCUGUCAGGGCCGUGGAAGCGGAUGUGACCUCAGUUCCUCCUGUGGUCAUGCAGACAACAACCCCCACUAGCACUAAUAUCAUUGAAAGGAUGUUAGAACCAGAGAGCAGGGAAACUACAGAAUUAUCACAUGAUGGGGGUAUAUUGUCAACUGGAAAUCAAGAUGCAAAUUAUUCUCAAGUGUACACUCUUGAUGAUGCACCAUCGAGUGCUGAAAAAAUAAGGCUUGAUGAAGCUGCAACAGUGGCACAAGCUGCAUUUAAGGGUUACUUGGCUCGUCGGGCAUAUCGGGCUCUUAAAGGCAUAAUAAGGCUUCAAGCUCUUAUCCGUGGACACUUGGUUAGAAGGCAAGCUGUUGCUACUCUCUGCUGUGUGCUGGGAGUUGUCAAGUUACAGGCACUUGUGCGAGGAACAGUGGUUAGGAAUUCAGAGAUUGGCAAUGAGGUUCAUAAAAUAUGUAGCCUAGUGAAGCCACCGAAGGGCACCCUUGCAGAUUCUAAUGGAGUUGUUAUCCAAACAGCCAAGCUGUCAUCGAAUGCUUUUGUUCGCAAGCUUCUUGCUUCAUCACCUACUGUGAUGCCUUUGCAACUCCCCUAUGAUUCUGUGGAGCCAAACUCGGUUGCAAACUGGUUAGAAUGCUGGACAGCUUCCCGUUUCUGGAAACCAGUUCCCCAAGCAAAGAAAAUUCCUUAUUCAAAAACUCAGAGAAAGCAUAGUAAUGGUCAAAUAGUGGAAGCUGAAACUGGUAGGCCGAAGCGCAGUGUUCGGAGGGUCCCCGCAGCAAAUCUUGAUAGUACCUCGGUACAAGCAACCUCUGAAUUUGAGAAACCCAAGCGCAAUCAGAGGAAAGUUUCAAGCCAUCCAGCUGAUUCAGUGCAGGAAAGUCCGCAAAUUGAGCUUGAAAAGGUAAAACGCAACUUACGAAAGGUUAAUAACCUUGUGGUAGAAAACUCUGCUCAUUCAGAGGUUGAAAUUGAAAAGCCAAAGCAAACUCUGGAAAAGGUAUCUGGCACUUCAGGUGAUAAUGUUUUGGGAUGGAGUUCGAGUAAUUCUGCUGAGAAGAUGAAGAAAGAAACUACCAUGACAACACCCAAUGUGCUUGAUGUGGCGAAGAAUGAACCAAACUUGAUGUCCACGUUGCCUGAUGCAGAGACUGCUGAAGAGCCUUUAGAAACGAUCAAGGCAUUGGAAUCAUCACAUGAAGAUCAAGCUGUAGUAGAAUCUAAAGCUUCAGUUGAUACUGGUGGUAAAGGUGAGAAUACUCCUCAACUAAAUGGGCAGUCCAAACACAAGGAUGAUCCAACAAUCAAUGAAAAUCACAAAACUGCAAAGAAAGCUUCAGUUGCAGUGAAACCAGAACGUGCUGAGAAUGGGAUACAGAGCAGUCCUUCCCUCCCUAGCUAUAUGGCAGCAACUGAAUCUGCAAAGGCAAAACUGAGAGCACAAGGUUCCCCAAGAUUUAGCCAAGAUGGGGUUGAGAAAAAUAAUGUCACCCGGCGUCAUUCUCUGCCAUCUUCAACUAAUAGCAAAAUCAGCUCCGAGUCCCCGAGGACGCAAAGAGCAGUUCAUGGUAGUGGCAAAGGAGGGAACAAGAGCGAUAGGUCUUUAUUAUCUUCGAGAGAUGGAAAUGUGAAGGGAACCCAACCAGAGUGGAGGAGGUGAUUGUGGAACAUCGCCACCUUUAAGGAGAUAGCAUAAGGUCUCUUGUUUCACCUGUGGUUUAUCUUAUUACAUCUUUGGUGCAAGAUCAUGUUGUAACAGUGUGUUGGCUCUGAAUUCUCUAGUCUUCUGCCGUGGCUGUUUGUGAGUGAAUGAAUGUACAUCAUAGGUUUUUAAUUUUCACUCUGCAAAAAAUCUUGCAUUAUUUUCUAAUUUGAGCUUGCUUUGGACA